AUGAGGCCCCCAGUCACGAUUUUCCCUCCGUCGGUUAGGCGCGCCCUCGCCGCUUCGGCCACCGCCCCCCAAACUGCCGCCCUCAGCUUCACCCUUCCCUACAGACCGGCUACCGCUUUCCAGUAUCGCCGCUACUCCUCGUCAAAGCCGUCCAGUCCGGAUGAUGGUCCUAGAGAUAUUGCCGCCAGGCAGGCUGUUCCCUCGUCGGGGCGGUCUAAGGGGGAGAAGAAGCAGCAGCAACCCAAGCAGGUGAUGCCGCAGCCGCCUAGCGUGCCCAGCACCAGGCAUAUCGGGGAUGAGGGUCUGGCCCUCUCGACCUUCUUCGCCCUCCACCGACCCAUCUCAGUGACGCAGCUGCUUCCCCGGACGGUCUCGGACGAUACCUUCGCUCAGAUCUUCGCCCCACCCAAGUCGCGGUCAAAUCGGGUAGCUGAGGUGCUCUCAACACUACAACAGACGGUACAGGACCUGGAGGAGCCCCUGUCGAGGAUGAACAGCAUUGCCAACACAGAACAGCAGCAGGCGCAACAUCACGACGUGGUUGAUGAGCACUCGACCAAGAUUAGCCUGAAGCAUCCCGAUGGCACCGAGACUAACGUUUACCUGCAACUCAACUCCAUCAUGUCUGGAGAGUACCUGCCCUUCCAUCCGCCACCGCCCCCAGAACCCGUUGCCGAGCCCGAGCCCGAGCCCGAGCCGGAGCAGUCGACCGACGUUGAGGCUGCUAGCGAAUCGGCCAAGGAGGUCGCUGAGCGCGAGCCCCGGACGCGCGUGUACAAGGCUAUGGUGACGAUCGAGGAGACGGUCGACUCCAACGGCGAGUAUAAGGUUGUCGCGCACAGCCCGGAGCUGAUCGAGGAGGGCGACGAGCCAUCGCGGCCCCGCACGUUCCUGGAGCGCCUGUUCGAGCGCCAGCUGCGUUAUGACGAGUAUCGCCGUCAACAGGGCCACACCAUGCAGGCCAUCAGCGUGCGCCGGCAACGCAAGCUCAAGAUGAAGAAGAAGAAGUAUAAGAAGUUGAUGAAGAGGACGCGCAACCUGCGCCGCAAGCUGGAUCGCUUGUAA